AUGAAAGCACUUCAAGAAGCAGAUGAAGCCAUCGCACAGGAACAGGAUAAACCAACUUUAGAUUUGCCCUCAAAUAUGGAAUUGUCGGAAGAUGCUCAGUCAACGAUUUGCACAACAACCACUAGCAAUUCAGGCGAGGAAAAAGUAUAUGGAAUACUCGGCUUGGGACUAAUCAGCCAGCUGAUACUAAAGCAAAUACUCACCAAUGGCUACCGCUGCAUUGUCUGGGACAUCGAACUGCUUCAAGGCAACAUUAAACUUUCUGACGAACGUAUCAGCAUCGCAAAAACUCCAGGAGAAGUUAUUCGCAAUUCACGCAUUAUUUUCAGCUUUGUUGAUUUUGAUGUGAAAAUGAUGAUUUACGGAAAUGAUGGCGUUCUAACAUCAAUCGACUCUACUAAAGGAUACGUGGAGAUGAGUCAUAUAGACCAUCUUUCCUCAAAAGAAAUCAGUGCAAGCAUCGAAGGCAAAGGUGCUCGAUACAUCGAAGCUGGGACUAUUUAUUUCCCAGGGAUUUUAGAAAAGGCUCAAGGCAUCACCAUUAUGGCUGGAAAUCGAUCGCUUUUCGAUGAAUGCUCUCCUUUAUUUGACUCAACUAGUAGCAAGAUCUUCUAUUUAGGUCCUGUUGUUGGGCUGGCAACUCUGGAAAAGACGUUCAUCUCAUCACUUUGCAAUAUUAUGACUUCUGCGAUGGGUGAAUCGUUUCGCAUUGUGCGUCAAGCCAACUUGAACGUUGAGACUUUCACGGAAAUAGCCCAAAUAUGCUUGAAUCAUCAAAUGGAAAGAUCAUUUGAAUUGCUUUUGAAUCAACAAGAAAUUCCUUUGCAGAAGAUGAUUAAGGAACAACAGUACAUGCAAAGGGAAGCUUCUAAUUAUUUAGUCUCUCUGCCCAUUACUGCGAUCGCCACCCAAUCUUUACUUGCAAUGUCAGACCAGAAGAAUGUGGAGUACAACCGCAAAGACUAG